CCAGCCAGCGCCAAGAAGGGCCAGUUCCUCGAAUACCUCGCGAAUCGUGCGGGGAGUGUAAAAAGCUACGUUCCCGCGGUGAGUCCAUUGCGGACGAAGAUGGCGGAUUGGCAAGUUCCGUCGACACUGAAUCUGCACGAAGAGAUUUGUAAUGAGAAGAAACAGACGGACAAACUCCACGCGGAUGAGGACGAGCGGAUGAAGAAAGUUUUCGCGAACGAUCUCGGCCGUGUCACAACUGGUUGCGACUACAGUUUGUCCCCUGGAAAAAUUUCCCCGAAAAGUCCCAAGUCCCAGCUCCCGUUCGGCGAUUUGCUGUUGAGUAAGGAGGAAUGCAGCGGGCGGAACGCGAAAGCGUUCGACAAUGUUUCGAAAACGACGAAACUGUUCAGCCCAGGUGGGGGCUCGUCACGCGGAAUGAUGAAGACUUCGGGAGCGGCGACCGCGACAGCACUGCUGGAAAAAGCGGUAAAAUCGCAGACCGAAUUGCAGGAAGAGGUGCAGACGAGCACGACCAGAAAUGCGCUCUUCAAGCCGACAGAGCUAUCCUGAGUAAAAACGUACCCACACCAGAGUUGUAAUGCAAAUCCGCAUGCUGAAAAUGUUUCUCAUGCGGAGCCCCAUGAGAAGCAUUUUCUAGUCGUGUUUUGCAAUUUGUCAUGCUCCAAUCAGCAUGGUAUGCUAGAUCUGUGAUGCUGCUAAGCUAGCUCAAACAGCACAACACUACGAAUCCAAAUUUGUCAUGCAAAACAGCCAAAACUUGUGGAUUUGUCUAGCCGAUUCCCCAUCUUGACUAUGGUGUGGGUACGUUUUUACUCAGGAUAAGAGCGGAAUUUUCAACAGUUCUGCUCGAGCUUCGCCAGCUUUUCAUCUUGUUCCCAAUAUCACACAGAAAAAAGCUGGCAGGGCAUAUUUGUAAUGCAAAAAUAAAUACACAAAAAAAUAUGUAUUGCAUAGCCGAAACAGCAUGCUAUGGGGCCACCCAUGACAAGUUUUUGCGUGUAUUUAUUCUCGCAUUACAGAUAUGCCCUGCCAGCUUUUUUCUCUGGGAUAGCCAAUUAUCCGGCGCUGGUGCAGCGAAGAUGACUGGGAUCUCAGCUACAUCGGAGAGUCUUCACGAGGACAGCUGCGACAAAAAAAUGUCACGUAGCAACACGAACCUACUCCUUCCGAAACCGUCCGAGACCGUGGUGAAGCAGAAUCAAGCCUCUAGUACCGCAACGGACUCGCUGCUCGUCAAACCUUGUUCAUCUUCCAGCAGCACCUCUACUGCAACUGCGCGGAGUAGCGUACUGUCGUCCAACAAUUUAUUUUCAUCUUCAUUAACGAGAUUUUCUGUUUCUCCGCAAAAGACAAGUUACGUGAAACCGUCCAUCGACGCAAAAAUAAUCUCUGAGUGCAAUGAAGAAAUCAACGAGGUGGACCACGAGGAGGGCGUUCUCCCUGUCGGGCAAGAUGAAAAGCCGCUUGCUCAACAUCCCCGCAGUACGCCAACGAACAUCCUAGAGGACUCCAUUGCCGUGAAGGAAUUGCACCGCUCGCUGUUGGCCGUGGGGGCUAGUUGUAUUUCCUCUGGUUGUGCCAGCAGCUACACCUCCGACUACUCCGAACAGAUGAAGCACCUUGACUCAGGAUCUGGGUCAGCUCGCGGCCCGGAAUCACCCGCCGUCCGGCACUUGUGCAAGAUCGUGGAGGAAGAGACGCUGAAGAGUUUGCGCAACGCCUCGAACUCCCCGAAGCUGAAGUCACGGGAGGAGCAGGAUAAGAGUGUUCUAGGCGGAAACUUCGCCGACAACGUCCCUCCGACGCCGUUCUCGACGCCGAUGAAACCGAAGUUAACUGUAUCUUCGGUAGAACAAGGAGGUUAUAACUUUGGCCCACUCGCAUCCGCAACCCGCAGUAGCAAAAUCGAGGAGCACGUGUCGCUCGAGAUGUGGAAGCGGACCAUGCUGUUGACCGGAGGUCCGUCGGGCAAUAGUACAAGUACCGCCAAUAAUUAUUCUUUGACGAGCCAGCGGUCGAUGGGAGCAGGCACCGGACCACUCUUUACGGCCACUGCAAACGAUGUGAAAAAUGCGAAGAAACGCUUUGUCGAAAAUAAACCCUCGUCUCCUGCCACUCUUUCAUACAAGGUGACAACCGCUACCGGCACCGCUUUGGAGCAGGAGAAGUUUCUGCGUGAGAUCAAGCAGGAAAUAGCUGCGGUGGACAUUGUACUCGAGAAGCAGCGACCCGAUUUGCUGCAAGAUGGACAUCUACAACUAUUUGGCGGAAGUAGAACAACAGAUGCUGCAGCUCGUGCUCAGUCGGUUGGGAAUAGUCUUAAAACUGGUGCUUUGAUGAUUGAAUUUGAAAAGAAUAACGCUUUCAAUUUGCAAACCGGCACCAAAUCGAAGACAUCACCCGUUAUGAACUGCAAAAGUAUCGUCCUCGUAUAAAUGCAUUACAAACUUUCUCAGCAUGAGAAACAAAAUUUGCAAUGCUGAUGUACCUUAAGAACAAGAUUGUAAUGCAUGACUGCAACACGAGUACGAUACUUUUGCACAGGAUACCCGUACUAGUCCACCAACUGAACAACCCGUACUGCACGUACACGCGCAAGUAUCGCAAAAAAAAAAACUGCUUCACUGUGAACUUGUGAUGCAGAGAGCGAAACACCAAAGUGCUUGUCUUGCUACACCUGCAACGCAAUGGAUUCCCUUGGGAAACGGGCACACCUUGAGCGUGCUACACCUUAAGCGUGUUUUCCCUUGGGAAACGGGCAUGGCAAAUUUGUCAUGUGUAGCAAACUUGUGAUGCAGAUCUUGCAAAACUACCAUCACAGUGAAACAGUUUUUUCGAGGGAUAGCAAGAACGACCUGGAUCACGCCCUGGCGGUUGCCGCGGCGUCUCGCGAGGAACAUCAAGCGAAACACGGCCUUGUCGACGCACAUCGGGUGGUUUUUAAGAACGACAAGGAAACCUCCAAACUGCGACCUUCAAAGCCGCACGAACAGGACCAAAAAGUCGCCGCCUCCGCUUUGACCUGGGACGUCAGUUCCCCGGUGUCCUCCGUUCAGGAGCGCCGGCUGCUGAACCUGUCGCACGUCUACGAGUCACCGAUGGUGCGGCCGGCGGCGUGCCGGCGGGACUACAAACGGUCGAGUUCGGGUUCGCCGCUGAGGACCGACGUGAGUGCUGGCGGGGUGUCGUCGAAAACUUCGUCCCCGGACGGGAUCAGCAAGCAACGUGGCAGGCUGAAUGGCGGGAAUCUUCAGAAGAGUAGGGAAAACAACAAGCAAACCGAAGAGAAGCCAGCAGCUGGUGACAAUUCGCUUGCGGACCAACUCGUGUCUGAGUGCAGAAAGAAGUACUUAAUGAAUAUGUCGUGAAUUCGUGACGCUGGCGGCUCUAGUAUCUUCCGUGGAGCUAGGCAGGUGGUGCUAAUGUUAUUUCGAGUACAGUUUUUGCAGAAGGCUCCGUGUGCCGCGUAUUCUUGUUGUUUCGUACCAGUUGUAUACAUGAUAGAUAUCACGUAAACUAAGGGUUGAAGAGAUGAUCAAAACUAUGAGUUUCAAACGUCAGUAAGCAGAAGUUUUGUUUAGAGUGGACAGUUCAAGGUUAUAUACAGGGGUUGAAGGUUCAGUCUUUGUUUUCAUACAUAUAGCCACUUCUACAUCUGUUGUACACACGAAUUAUUCAGCAAGCCUGCAUCCGUCUUUCAGUUGUUUCUGUUGUUUCGGUUUUUCAGGCAUUAAGAGCACUAUGAGGGAACAACAUAAAUUAUACAUAUAGAAGUUUUACCAGCAACACCUUCUAUGCCCUGUUCACGCCGCAUGUACAAUUUUGAAAGAAACACCGUGUAUGAUGUUGUCGCACAAGCUAUUAAGUGAAUCAUGUAAGCAUAGACAAAAUCCACAGGCUAUGAUCUGCGGACGCAGCAAAGAACUUACAGUGCCGUCCUGAGGCAUUUGUUUUCCAGAGAGCAGCUUCCUGAGCAGGAUGAAAGGACGACGUCCAAAGCACUCAUCUUUGUCAUGUUAAUCCGCACCGAAACACU